AUGGUCUAUUUUCCCUCUGAGAUCGUGGACAUGAUCGUGGCGCAUGUCGAUCCCGAGGACUUCUAUACGCUCCUCCAGUGUGCGCUGGUUAAUCGUCAGUGGUCCAGAUCGGCUCUCCGUGCUUUGUACCGACCAAAUACAUGGGCCACAUUCUGGUGGACUCUGAUCUUGUCUGCUUUCACCUCCGAGACUUAUCUCCCCUACGCCAAAUUCCUUCAUACACUCGACUUGUGCGAUCUUGCGCUUUUGAUCCAUCUCGACAAAACCUUUGCCGACUUGGUCUGUGAUAGUUGCCCUGAGACUUGGGAUAAUGAGGAGGAAAGAAACCGUUAUCUGGGAGUUUCUUCGUCCGUUCUCGACUGGUGGGCUCCUCGUCUGAUCCGUCUCGAGACUCUCUGGUACAAUAUGGGAAAGCAUCUGCACGAGGACAAUGCGCGCAGCAUCGCACGCCAUUGUCCCCGGUUCAAGAAUCUGAUCGUGUGGGAAUGGAUGGAAUCGACCAUUAGUAGUGCCAGAUUCGCUCUUGAUGAUUCCGACAGUGAUACAGAAGAGGAAGAGACGUCGGCUGGAGAUUUCCUCAUGGCUCUGCGGCGCAAUACUUUGGAACGGUUCGAAAUCUCUCGUGAUUCGCACUUCAAGCCUUCCAUGGUCGAGGGUCUGAUUGCUCAUUUCCAAUCUAUGCGUGUGCUGAGAUUGCCCAAGUUCCGGUCGGAGCUGGUAGUCAAACUCAUGCAAUCGAAUCCUUUGCAGUCCCUCGAAGCCAUCCACUUUUUCCUCGGUUACGAAAAACGCGUUGAGCUAGCUCAGCCGUUCGGAAAGUGGCUAGGUGCAUGUAAAAAUUUGCGCCGGAUCGAGACUUGGCUCUACCAUGAUGAACUCUUGAUGUUAGCGAAUGCCCUCAAUCACGGCCUCGUCUCCUUGGAGGUCCUCAUCGUCCAGCAAAACUACGAAGAUAAUCCCAAGAUCAUUGACGCUUUCUACCGCGGCAUCUCGCGCCAGCGCAACAUGCAGGAAUUAACACUCAACACGGAGAUGACGAGCGACAAGAGUCUAUUCAUGUGGUGCCUAUUCCCCCUCAAGAAGCUGCGCAAACUGAAUCUCCGCAGAAUGUCGGCCCAGCUCACGUUGCCCGACAUUCGAACUCUUACCUCCAGCUUCCCGGACCUCAACUGGCUGGGUCUGUACGUGACUCCAGUCCUCGACGAGAUCUGGGACUACAUCGUCGCGCCCAAGCUCCGCUAUCUCCACUUGGUCGGCAUUGGUGUCUUGCACGCUCAACCAGUGCUUGAUUACAUUCAUCGUCUGGGCGAGCAGAACAGGGGAUUCAUUCUGAAGCUCAAGUUCAGCACCUUUGCUGAACUCUACACCACCGUCUCUGAUGAGGACCAUCGCGCCAUUGCAUACGCGCUGUUCAGCCAUCUGGACGGUCGUCUCCUGCCAUACAGAGAAAUGCUCUAG